AUGGAGCCGCCGGAGGGCUGCGACCCGUACGGGCGGCCGGCCCGCCGCACGCAGUGGCUGGUGAGCGCCCUCGCCUACCACUACGGGCUGGACCGCGGCGUGGAGAACGAGAUCGUCGUGCUGGCCACCGGGCUGGACCAGUACCUGCAGGAGAUCUUCCACCACCUGGACUGCGCCGGGGCGGGCAGGAUCCCCGGCGAGGACUUCCGCACGCUGUGCCAGGUGCUGGGGCUGGAGGAGGCGGCGGACCGCGAGGAGUGCGCGGGGCUGUGGGACGGGCUGUCGGCCGAGCUCACCUUCCGCCAGUUCCACGCGCGCCUCUGCGGCUACUUCAGCACGGAGGCGGGCAGCGCCGCUCGCCGCGCCGUGCCGCGCCUGCCGCUCGGCCGCGAGAGCGAGCACAUCGAGACGCAGAUCCGCCUGCGCAGCCCCCGCCGCCGCCGCCGCCCGCCGGGCCCCGGCCCCGGGACGGAGGCGGCGGCGGGGCGGCCGGCGGGACGCUGCUCGCGGGAGUGCUACGAGGAGAUCGUGGCGCUGGAGCAGGCGGAGGACCGCAUCGCCAAGCUGGAGGAGGAGAACGGCAGCCUGCGGGAGCUGGUGGAGGACAUGCGGGCCGCGCUGCAGAGCAGCGACGCGCGGUGCCUGGCGCUGCAGGUGGGACUGCGGAAAAGCCACGUGAACCGUAAGGAGGAGGGGACCUGUUCCAUAGGGAGCAAGAGACCCUUAGCACAGAAGCACUCUCAGAGCAAGUGCCUUCAGAGUGUCCUGAAGGAAGUGGAACUCAUCCGGAGCUCCCGGGAUGGCCAAAUUGAAGAAGCAAUUAGGUUCAAUCAAGAGCUGGAAAGAGAGCUGAAGAGCUCUCAGGAAGCUCUGGCCAAUCUGGAAGACUGUAACCGUAACCUGAAGAGGGAACAAGCAGAAAUGAGGAAGAAGGUUGAAGAGGCGAGACACGCCGUCCUCAGCAGCCUUGGCAAAGUGAAGGAGCUGGAAGUGAAAGCUAACCAAGUGCCCCAUCUGCAAAUAUACAUUCAGCAGCUAGAAUCAGAACUGCAGCACUAUAGGUCAGGAGUUGGGCAAUUGGAGCUUGCCUCAAGCACCAGCCCAGAGCAGAAGGAGGGAGCAGCCUCAGCAGAUGGGAGAUGCUGCCUGUCUGUCACACAACAAGAUCGACGAUCUCCCACUGGUGGAGCUGGGAUUUCUGAGAACGAGGACCAGCUGUUCCGCUCUGUGGAGGGCCAGGCUGCCUCUGAUGAAGAGGAGGAGAAGUGGGCAGCAGAGCAGCCAUCCCAGGUGGACCAAAUGAAGAAAGGCCUGGCCAAGCUUCCUUGCUGUGGUAAUGGAUGUGAUGAAAAGAUGUGGAAAAAGUUAAUGUCUUACCUGGAGACAACCAGUACUGAUGGCUACGAAACAGCCCCUGUGGAGCUUGCAGACAGAAUCACACAGCUAACUGAGCAGCUUGAGCUCAAAGGGCAUGAAGUGAAAAAGCUGGAAACAAAUAUGGAAGAGAUGAAAGGCCCAUUGCUAGGUGAACUGCAGCAAAAGGUGGAGGAGACCGAACUGUUGAAGAUGGAGCUGCAGAUGUUGGAGACUGAGAGAGUUAGGCUGUCACUGGUGGAAGAAAAGCUCAUGGAUGUUUUACAGCUGCUUCGACAACUUCGAGACUUGCACAUAUCUAAGCGAGCCUUGGGGAAAAUGUUACUGAGCACUUUGGAAUCCUGCCGGGACCCCCAACCUGGAAAAGCCCACCUAUUUGAAGUGCUAGAUACUCUCUACCACGAGCUGACAGCCUGUGAACUCUUACAAAGCCAGCCUCUGGAGAAGGCACAGAGUCACCAGUCCUUGUCUAACCCACUGCUCAUCUCAUGCUGAGCAGCAGUGCCAACUAAAACCUGCACAACCAGCUGAGCAGCAGUCCUCACUCACUCCACCAAACCAUGAAGGACUAAGAUUUGGCCAGUUCAACAGAGCCCAGUAAUGGACAAGAGAAACAGAAUAAUUCAGCCACUACAAUCCAAGGUGUGCUGCUCUGGGAAGAACACCAGCUCCUCAGCUGAUGUCAAAGCCCUCUCUUGCAUGACUGAGCCUUCACAGGACAUGAGGAUGACACAGCAAUGUCUGUCUCUGAGGGAAGCCUCACCAGACUACAUGAUGGCUCUGGAAAUGCAUCAGUUAACCAAAUAAAAACUCUUCCAAAUACACUGACCUGACCUAUUUAGAUAAACAGUUCUGGUUGCACACUGGCUGGGCACAGCUUCUAGCUAUUGUGGUAGCUCAAAUCAAAAGCAAAAGGCAACCUAUGUUAUCACUGGCAAGUAAACUGCUUCCUUACAUACAAGUGACCAAAUGACUGUGCUAUAAACAUCCACAUGACUAUAUGCCAGCAGUGCAAGUUUUAAGGGCUUAUGUAUAAAAUGUGCUUGUGUCUGUGAUUCAUUUUUUCACCUUAUUUAACUGGUUAGAUUUGUUAUUGCUCUGCUAAACUUUGUAUCUGCAAUUAUGGAGAUUGCCUUGGAACCCUGCAACAGUCUUUCCUGACAAUAGUCUUAUAUUUUACAUUAAAAGUUUCAUUUAACUGCUUGGAAAA